UCCAAAGUGCACUUCCCCUCUCUCUCUCUCUCUCUCUCACUCUCUCAACACUUCCAUCCCAUCAAAAUUAGCCCUCCCUCUCCAAUCUCCAGCCAUGGAACUCGAAUCAAAAACCCAAGCGAAAACUGGGUUAUUAGCCCAUAUCACUCAUGGGUGUGGUCGGAUUAAGAGCAAGGCAUUAGAUUUAGCAAAGAAAAUACAGAAGGUUGGACAAGAUGAUCCAAGAAGAAUCACCCAUUCUCUCAAAGUUGGAUUAGCUAUCACAUUAGUGUCCUUAUUCUACUAUGUAAGACCAUUGUACAAUGGUUUUGGGUCAUCAAGCAUGUGGGCUGUUUUCACUGUGGUGGUUGUUUUUGAAUUCUCAGUUGGUGCAACCCUAUCAAAAAGCAUGAACAGAGUUUUGGCAACAUUGCUAGCUGGUGCUCUAGGGGUUGGAGCCCAACACUUAGCAAACCUUUUUGGAGACAAAGGAGAGCCUUAUAUUCUUGGUAUUUUGGUCUUCUUACUAGCUGCAGCAUCAACAUACACAAGAUUCGUUCCGCAUAUCAAGGCUCGGUAUGAUUAUGGAGUCCUGAUAUUCAUACUGACAUUCAGUUUGGUAUCGGUCUCUGGUUAUCGAGUUGAAAAAAUCUUAGAGCUUGCCCAUCAAAGAUUAUCGACGAUCAUGCUUGGCGGAGCAAUGUGCAUGCUCAUAUCCAUAUUUGUUUGCCCUGUAUGGGCUGGUGAAGAUCUUCAUAAUCUGGUUGUUAACAACAUAGAAAAUCUUGCAAGCUUCCUAGAAGGAUUUGGAGGUGAAUAUUUUAAAGUUUCUGAAGAUGGUGGAGAUGGUGUUAUGGUCCCAAAGGAAAAUAAAUCAUUUCUUCAAAGCUAUAAAAGUGUCCUCAACACAAAAACCACUGAAGAAUCUUUGGCAAACUUUGCAUGGUGGGAACCUGGUCAUGGAAGUUUCCAGUUCCGUCAUCCAUGGACACAAUACUUGAAGAUUGGAGUUCUAACUCGAAAGUGUGCCUUUCAUAUUGAAACUCUAUGCGUCUACAUAAAUUCUGAAAUUCAGACACCAACAGAAUUCCAAAGAAAAAUUCAAGUACCAUGCAUGAAGAUGAGCUCAGAAUCCGGCAAGGCUUUGAAAGAACUAGCGUCAGCGAUGAAAACCAUGACACACUCAUCUUCUUUUAAUGUACAUAUUGAGAACUCUAAAAAAGCUGUGGAUGAUCUCAAAACAGCCCUAGAAACAACCUCAUCGGGAGACGAAGCCUACCUCCUGGAAAUUAUCCCGGCUGUUACUGCAGCCUCGAUACUAACCGAUAUCAUUAAAUGUGUCGAAAAAGUUGCAGACUGUACUCAAGAUCUUUCACAACAAGCACAUUUCAAGAAAGAAAUGGGAGGGACUGAGAAACCGCAGUUGUUUCGAAGAGGAAGUGCGAAACCGGUUGGCAAUGGUAACGGUGACGGUGAUGGAGACCAUGUUGUAGUUACAGUAGUGCAUGGAACAUCUUCGGAGUUGCCGAAAAAUGGGAAUUUUUCUCAGGAACCAAACACUAGCCAAAGAGCUGUUGAAGCUUAAGUAUUUUCCCUUUACUAAAGUAGUAGUACUACUAACUAGUUUUGUAAAGGAUAAAAGUAAGAAUAAAAAAGAGGAGGGAAUCGAGAAAUACUUGUUUCUUUUCCAAUGUGGUUAUCGGGAAUAACUUUUUCAUUUUCUUUUUUUUCAAAAUGUAAUUAUUAGGUAGUUUUGGAGUUCUGGUAUUAUUUAUGAAAUAAAGCUUCACAUCUCAAGUGGGAGUGCUA